ACUCCAAUGGAUCUGCGCUUUCCCAGACAUUACCAAUGCCUGAAACACAACGAUUUACAGUGGUCAGACGCGAUCAAUAUCAUAAAAAGUUUCAUGAAUAGGAUUUUGCUGAUCAUCCGAUGAACGACUUAUAACCUGUAUUCUUCGCCGUCUCCCAUUAUUCAGUGAGAAUGCCGGAGUCUGUGCUGCUGAAUGUGGGUUUCUUGGGUAAAUCAUGCGUCGUGCUCGUGUGUCUCUGCGGGGUUCACAUCAUCGUUGCACUGUUUUUAUAUUUAACAGAGUCACCUACAAAAUUUACGAAUUACCGGCAAAUGCCAUCAGACUCUACUUUAGUUAUUGUUACUUCACAAACUCACAGAAUUGUCACCCAAUAUGACAAUGGAACAGUAGAAACAAACGUAAAUAAACUGAUCUAUAACGUUACUGUACUAGAAUCGUGUCCUGAGACGUCACCACUUUUGGUGGGUCCAAUGCGAGUUGAAUUUUCAGAGAAAGUGGAUUUGGAUGUGGUACGUAAAGAAAAUCCACAGCUGGUGAUGGGCGGCAGGUAUAAACCCGGUGACUGUUUGGCUCUGCAAAAAGUGGCAUUAAUCAUCCCAUUCAGAAACAGAGAUGAACACCUGAAAUACUGGCUCCACUACAUACAUCCCAUCCUACAGAGACAGCAGCUUGAUUAUGGGAUUUAUGUCAUAGAACAGGAAGGACAGGACACAUUCAACAGGGCGAAACUGCUCAACGUGGGUUACGCAGAGUCCCUAAAGGAGUAUGAUUAUGACUGUUUCAUCUUCAGUGAUGUAGACAUCAUUCCUAUGGACGACCGCAACACCUACAAGUGCUCCAGCCAGCCGCGUCACCUCUCUGUGUCCAUGGACAAAUUUGGUUUUAGGUUGCCAUAUAAACAGUAUUUUGGGGGUGUAUCAGCAAUGAGUAAACAGCAGUUUCAAAAGAUUAAUGGCUUUCCUAAUAACUAUUGGGGCUGGGGAGGAGAAGACGAUGACAUCUUUAACAGGAUGACGUUUCAAGGAAUGAAAAUAUCAAGACCAAGUGGAGACAUCGGUAAAUGCAGAAUGAUUCGUCACUCAAGAGACAAGAAAAAUGAGGCAAACCCACAGAGAUUUAAGAAAAUUGCUCACACAAAACAGACAAUGCACACGGAUGGCAUCAAAUCGCUCAAAUACAAAGUGAUAAAUAUAGAGAAAGACCAACUCUACACCAAAAUCACCGUGGACAUCGGCAAACCAUGAAAACCCUCAGAAGAAACCUGUCUCGCUGCAACUCUUCAGGGAUUUUUAGAUUGCACUGAUAUCGAAUUUUAUCGAACUUUACACCGAAUCGGUU